UUUUUUCAAUUUAAAAGCCUCUAUUUUAUCCUAGAAAUAAGAAUCUAACCUUCCCACUUUAUUCCCCCCAGCUUUCCCAUUUCCUCUUCCUUCCUCUCGCUCCAAAGAACCCUAUUCCCCAUUCCCAACCUCCUUCCCCAAUGGGCCUAAGCAACAACCUAAUCGCAAUCCUCAACUUCAUCGCCCUCCUUUCUUCCAUCCCCAUCAUCGCCUCGGGCAUCUGGCUCGCCUCCAAGCCCGACAGUGAGUGCAUCCGUCUAGUCCGAUGGCCUGUCAUCAUCCUCGGCGUUCUCAUCCUCCUCGUCUCUCUAGCCGGCUUCGUCGGCGCUUACUGGAACCACCAGUGCCUUCUCGCGGCCUACCUAUUCGUCAUGGCAACCCUAAUCGUUCUCCUCCUCGCUCUUCUCGUCUUCUCCUUCGUCGUCACCCACAACGAUGGCGCGUAUGAUGUUCCAGAUCGGGGGUACAAGGAGUAUCGCCUCGCUGGAUUCUCCGAUUGGCUUCGGCAUUACGUGGGUGAUGAUGGGCAUUGGGUUCGGAUCCGGGCUUGUCUCGCUCAAUCGGAUGUGUGCGGGAAGCUUGCACGGGAUGAUGCGUAUUUCACCGCCGAUCAGUUUUUUAGGGCCGAUCUCUCCCCGAUUCAGUCUGGAUGUUGUAAGCCACCAACUGUGUGUGGGUAUGCCUAUGUGAAUCCUACAGUUUGGGUUUCCCCUGCGAAUGUUGGUGCAGACCCAGACUGCUAUGCCUGGAGCAAUGACCAGGCUCAGCUCUGUUAUGGAUGCAACUCGUGCAAAGCCGGGACGAUCGGAAACCUGCGCGGUGAGUGGAGAAAGGCCAACAUUGUUCUCAUCGUUGCUGCAGUCGCCCUCAUCUGGGUGUACAUCAUUGGCUGCAGUGCCUUGAAGAACGCACAGACGGAGGAACUUUUUCAACGAUACAAGCAGGGAUUUGCGUAAAUUUAAAUUGUGAAUUGUUAGAUAGAUGAACCGGUUUACUCUUCUUUGUAAACUAUAGCACUUGCAAAUUGCUAUAUUUGAUCAGGGUCUGGCCUUGUUAUAUAUGCAGGUUGUGGCCAGUUUUCGUUCUCUUAGUUGCUGCUGGGCAGCUUUAGUUGACAAUUAUGUACUGUGGCUAUUGGUAGUGAUAUUGUUCAUCUUUUCUUGUUGUUUUAUUUAUUUAUUUUAAUAAGAGUGCUA